CCUUUUCCCCUGAUUUUUCCUAUCCGGAGAAAGCUUUUGGUGGUGUGAGGAAGAUGACGCUGAUGGAGGAAGAGGUGGAAUUCCCGGAGGAGGAGGAGGUUGAGGUUUCCGGUGAGAACGACGACGACGUCCAGGAGGUCGUCGAGUCCUCCGGUACCCCCCAGCUCAGUCUGCGGACGGAGAUGUCGGGGACGAAGAGGAGGACGAGGAGGAGGAUGUCGGAGUCGACGACGACGACGACGAGGACUACCGGCCACUACGAGUCCCUCGUGGAUAUACGGACAAGCUUCCUCUUCCUAGUUAUUUUAUUUUUUAUGAACGAGGAACUUGAUGAGGAAGACGCCAGCGACUCUGAGCCUGAAGAAAAUGGAGAGGACGAAAAUAUCGAUGCGGAUGAUGAAGAUGACAAAGGAGACAAGGACACAGGCAGGAAGGUUGAGGCUCCACCGAAGAGGAAGAGGAAGAAGAAGAGGAAGAAUGAUUCUAAGAGGCCCUCCAAGAGAUAGUCCCGCCUGAACCCGAAACCUUCCUAGCUCCCCCCUCUCUUGAUAGGGAGACAAAUGGUAAGUUUGCUUAAACCGAGAUUAUUGUUUCUGGAGCAGAACUAGUCAUAGUCCGUCGAUGUGGUCCGUGUAAGUAUUAUGAAUUCUUCAGAAGGUUGGAAGGACAUUCAGUAAAUAUCUUAAGCUUAGGUGGGGUCCUGUAGCCUCGUUGGUUUUUGUUGGUAAUCUCGAUAUUUCUGCUGACUUUCAUCGAUCCAGAUAUCAUAUCAUCAAAUACAUGGUAGCCUAAUCCGAUCCUGAUCAUUUUCAAGUUC